CGCUUAAAAAGGUUAAAAAGCAACGGGCUGGCGAAGGCUGUUUGGAGGCCAACAUGACUGGGUACCUGUCCGUUUGUCAACAUUCAAUGUUAAACCGCUCACUCCUGGUUUUGACAGACACGUUUAGUCCUCGGAUAUGUAGAGCACACUUACCUGUUUCAACCAACACUUGUCAUUCCACAAAUUUAUUUUCAACGACUCCCCAAAAUCGUCAGAAGUCUGACUUUGGACUGAGGAAAAACUUCACAUAUUGUAGGCGCAAUGGCCCUGGGAUAUGUUCUUCGUCAAAAUAUAAUAUCGCGCAUCAAUCUGUGAGAUUUUUCUCUGAAUUCGAAAAUGACGACAAGAAAAAGCCGGUCACCUUUUCUACUCCUAAGAAUCGUAUUCAUGGUGGAAAGUACACUGAAGAAAAUAUAUUAAUGCCAGAAACGUUCCCAAUGUAUGUUUUCCCAAAUUUUACCAGUCUUGUUCAUAAUUUACUUUCCCAACUGAUUGUUAGAAAAGUAGAAAAGGAACUGUCGAUACCACAUUUCCUGGAUGCAGCGAAGAAGGCGGUACUUGUGGUUGCCAAUUUGCUGUCCACAGGGAAUGUUGAUGAAGUAGAAAGUUUAACAACAUCCGAGGCCUUCAAACAAAUCAAGAAAAACUAUGAGAAGAUUCCAGCAACUCACCUGGAACAGCUGGCGCUGGAGGAGGACAUGAUCCAUACGCCCGUACGACACAUCCAUAGAGUACAAAUAAAACCACAAGCAACCUCGGAUACUUCUGAGCAAGAGAAAACGAAAUUGGAGAUCCUGUUGGUGUUAGAAGGAUACCAGGGUAAAACUGCGGAAGAAAAACCUUCAAUAUUCAUAAAUAUGGCUAAUAGGAAACGAAUUGCCUGCACCGUAAGGUUCGAGAAGGAGUACUUCAAAGUUGGUGAAGGAUGGGACUGUUCUGCUGCUUGGAAGAUUUCUGGAAUUUCCUACCUAAUACAGGACACGGUUGAUGAAAAACGUGAAAACUUUUUCAUCUAAUUUUUAAUUACUGAUCUGACAAUGUGGAUAUUUUUGGAUAUUUGUUUACAAGGUAGUUACAUUUCAAACAUGUCAAGGAAGUUAAAUACACCAUCUACCUGCAGACUUAGGCGCUAUAUCUUGUCACAUUAAUAAAAGCACUGAUUAUGCCCUUCGCAUAUAUCUCCAGUUUUAGUUUAAGGAAUUCAGUGACAUCUUGUUGUGAAUUUUGAUUAAAGUCUCAAAAGUUAUUCGAAAUAUGUAUACAACUGUAGUAUUUGAACAAAUUUUGAUCUAAAAUAACCAGAAGAAUCUUCAAAUACUGCUGGUGAUCCUAGUGUAAAGAGUUACAGACAUCUUAACCCUUUCACCCCUAUGUAACUUUAGUAGACUCUACCACGCAUUGAUCUGGAUGAGUCCAUUAUAGUCUGCAGUGGUGAAAGAGUUAAGGGAAGCAAUUAAACCAUAAUGUGGCUAUCAAUAGGAAAGCAGUCUCAUUUAACUCUUUCACACCUAUGUAACUUUAGUAAACUCUUCCAUGCAUUGAUCUGGAUGAGUCCAUUAUGGUCUACAGUGGUGAAAGGGUUAUGAUUAACUGGUUAUUUUCUUCUUUCAGGUAAUGACAAGUCUUCACUAUUGCAGUUUCAGAAUUGUUGGAAUCAGAAGUUUAAUACAUUUUUGCAGUUUUACCUCAACCACUAGCCCUCCCAGUCCGCUGAAUAGAAUCUUGUCUAGUGAUCUCUCUAAGGACAGGUGCUGUUGUCAUUUUGUCUCCUCUGACAGAGGUGUUCUUUUGUGUCCUACUUUUGGCAGUAACCAGAGAGCAAGACAGAUGCAUCAAUCAGCCAUUUGUUUUCUUUAAUAACACUGAACACAAGCUAAUAUCACCAUGUAGUGAACCAAAAUUACUAUACAAAAGUAGGUAUGGUACCUCAAGUGAACCAAAGUGGUAAACACUACAAACCUGAGUUUUUAUUUAGUUUUAUAUGUUUUUUUCUUCUUUUGGAACGGACAAGUUCCUGUGCUCUCAAUUGUUUCUUGUUUAGUGACCUCUCUUAGGACAGGUGAUGUAUUUAUCCUUUUGUCUCCUUGACAGGUGUUCUUUAAUAGAUAUUUCUUGAGAAAAAUGGUUAGUGUAUCCAUUUACAGGUGAUCUCUUGUGAUGGGUUAUCUCCCUUGAGAGAUGAUAUCCCAUAAUAUUUGGUCAAAGUGUAGUACCAAUUAAUCUGUUUUAACUCAUUCACCCCUGAAGACACAUUUGAACUUUUCCCAUUCAAAGGAUGGAAUAGUUCAUUAUGGAGUUUUAGGGGUGAAAGAUAUAAUGGAGUUAUGUCGUUUGUGCAUGAAAAUUGAUUAAUCCCUCCUUGUAUAUCAUAAUAGGUCAUACUUUGAAUGAUUUUAGCUUUUACAUUGAAUAGAUUAAAAAUACUUUUGAAAA